GUCGAAAACCAGACAUAAUAAAAAGGUCCCUUCCGCUUUUCGUUCUCCGUUUCUCCAUCGCUCCUCCUCCAAUCUCUCUCUCUCUCUCUCUCUCUCUCUCUGCUGCCUUGUCGAAGAAGCAUGACCAGCUCCUCCGCUCCUUCUCGCAAGACUCUGAGCAAGAUCGCAUGUAACCGCCUCCAGAAAGAACUUGUUGAGUGGCAGGUUAAUCCUCCCGCAGGUUUCAAACACAAAGUCACCGAUAAUCUCCAAAGGUGGAUUAUCGAAGUUACUGGAGCUUCGGGAACUCUAUAUGCUAAUGAAAUUUAUCAGCUUCAAGUAGAUUUUCCUGAGCAUUACCCUAUGGAAGCGCCGCAGGUUAUUUUUGUCCCUCCUGCUCCGUUGCAUCCGCACAUUUACAGUAACGGCCAUAUAUGUUUAGAUAUUUUGUACGAUUCUUGGUCCCCAGCCAUGACUGUUAGUUCCAUCUGUAUCAGCAUUCUCUCCAUGCUAUCAAGCUCCCCUGUGAAGCAACGACCUGCGGACAAUGAUCGCUAUGUGAAGAACUGUAGGAAUGGUAGAUCUCCAAAGGAGACAAGAUGGUGGUUCCAUGAUGACAAAGUGUAAUCAGAAAAUGAUUAAUGAC